AUGGCAGAGACGUAUCAAGGAUUUGUUGGUGCAAAAAGGGAUGGUGAAGGAGUUAUAUGGGACGAACCAGAAGGGAUGGCGGACAUAGAUUGGAAGGAAUUUGAGGCUAAAGCGGUGGCUACUAUUCGGCUUUUGGAUGACAAUUCAGAUGAUGCUGAUGGUGAUAUGCUUUCUAUUGCAUUUAAUUCAGAGCAUCAUGUGGAUUCUGGGAUUCUGGACUCGGCAUGUUCGUUUCACGUGACGUCCAACAGAGAUUGGUUGGACACCUAUAGCUCAGUUAAUUCUGAUAUAGUUACUAUGGGUAACGGUGUACAUUGCAAAAUUACUGACAUAGGUAAUAUUAGAAUUAAAAUGUUUGAUGGUAUGGUUAGAAUAUUAUGUGAUGUUAGACCUGUAUCGGAUGUGGAAAAGAAUCUGAUUUCAUUGGACACCUUAGACUCAAACGGUUAUGGUUAUAAAUCUGAAGGUGGAAUCGCCUCUGUAGAGUCUGAGUCUGAUUGUACUGUUUUGUGGCAUAUGCGGUUGGGUCAUAUAGCGUCACAAGGAGGACAUAUGUACCUCAUGAUCUUUAUUGAUGAUCUCUGCAGAAAGGUUUGGGUGUACUUUAUGCGGUACAAAUCAGAAACGCUCGCCAAGUUCAAGUUGUGGAAAGCUGAAGUGAAGAACCAGACUGGAAAGAAGGUUAAGUGCCUCAGGACAUAUAAUGACACUGAGUACACAAACGACAUGUUCAGAGAUUUCUAUGAGCUGCAUUGUAUAAAGAGACAUUUCACAAUACGUAAGACAACACAGCAAAAUGGUGUGGCGGAAAGGAUGAAUAGGUCUAUUGCAGAGAGAGCACAAUGUCUCAGGCUGAAUACUGGACUUACAAAGAUUUUCUGGGCAGAUGCUGUGAGUAUGACAUGCUACUUGAUCAACAGGUCACCGAGGGCAACACUAGAUGGGAAAGUUGCAGAGGAGGUGUGGACAGGUAAUGAGGUAGAUUACUUUGGAUUGAGAGUAUUUGGUUGUCCAACCUAUGUUCAUAUACCUAGUAAAGAGCGAUUGAAGAGUACUCAGGAUGAAAAGCAGCAGGGGCCAGAAAGCAGUAGCAGUGAUAAGCAAGUGGUGCAGGUAGAGUUAGAGACUCCUGUGCAGGAGAACACUUCUCAGGGUAUAGAGACCUCUACUUCAGGAGUUGAGCAACAUCACAUUAUAGCCACAAACACACCUAAAUGCACUAUCAGGCCACCAGUCAAGUACGGUUAUAAAGAUAUGGUUUCCUAUGCUCUUAUCAUCAACAGCGAAGAUCCUACUACUUUUCAAGAGGCUGUCAAUAGCCAAGAGAAGAGUAGAUGGGUGGGUGCUAUGGCGGAGGAAAUGGAGUCGCUGCGUAAAAACCAGACAUGGGAUUGGUGGAGCUUCUAG